AUGCAGGCUAAGUGUGGGGAGCGUUUGAUCGGAAAGCAGUGUCCUCUAGAUCAACGUCAGCAGGUUAAAGGGCCGCUGACAGUUGGGGAGGUGACGAAUGGCUAUUAUUAUGGAAAGAAGGUUCCUUUACCCACAGCUCGCAGCCUGAGCGUAGCCGCCGCGUGCACUCCGUCACUGUCAGGGAAAAUGAUGAUCAGAUAUCAUGCCACACAGGGCCUCCGUGUGAAGAUGGAGUGGGCCCUGUCUCCCCCAUAUCCUCUGCUGUCCCCCCCCUCCUCUGCCGUCUCCCCGCGCCCAGCAUCCAUCUUCAUUCUGCUUGGACUCACACUUAUUCUGCUUUACAGCUGCAAAAAUCCAUCAGCCACUUGUGUAAAGUGUAAAUGGAAGAAUCAGCUCAUGCACGGCUAA